GUCUGUUAUUUCGCACAGAGAGAGGAGAGACGCAGCACGAGGACAAUAUUGACUCAACCGUUUACUUUAUGGCUAUAACUCUCAACAGGAACCGGCGGAUUCCUUACUAAAUAUAGACCACAACAAUUGUCAAAGUUUUUGACAAACAUUUACGGAUGUGGUGUUAUCCUGCGAUCUGUUGGAGUUGAUUGUUGUACAUUUUGACUCUUUUCUUUACCAUUCUUUUCCUUCCUCAAACGGACCUACAGCUGCGUUUUUAAAAGUGGCUUUCUAAAGGGUGUCCCCAGGUGAUGACCUCACUGCUGUUUUCCAGCCCAGCCCACGUCGUCAUGAAGGACUGCGAGCCUCCGCCAUCCUCCCUCACCCUGCUCCACUACCCUGGGAUGACGGUCACCGCCAAGACCUCCGGGGAUGACCCCUUUCCCUCCUCCACCUCUCCAUCCCUCUCCAAACCACAGCCCUUCUGCCUGCAGACCAGCCCUCACCUCCUCGCCAGCAUGCAGCUCCAGAAACUCAACUCCCACUACCAGAGUCUGGCUGGAGGCAGUGGUGCCUCAGGGCCCAACUCAGGGCCUCAGAGGGGGUUUGGGGGCUCGACGGUGGGCUCGGCUGGGCAGCUGGUCGGGGGUAGCCCUGGAGGUGGUGGAGGUGGGAACCAGAGUUGUGGAUCUGGCGGGAUCAUAGAUUCUGACCCAGUGGAUGAAGAGGUUCUGAUGUCAUUGGUCAUAGAGCUGGGGUUGGACCGGGCCAAUGAGCUACCUGAACUCUGGCUGGGACAGAAUGAGUUUGACUUCAUAGCGGACGUACCUGCUGGAUGUUGACCCGCCCGGAUAGAAAGAUGGAAGGAGGGGAUCUGUGCUCUCAUUCAUUCUUUUCUUCUGUUCGUCUCUUGUUUGGAUGGACACAGACGCCGACGUCCCUGCCGGGUACAAACCUAAACACACAGAAAGAGAAACUGUCCUUUUGUUUUUUUUUAGGUCAACCUUAGUUUUUCUCUGAAAGAGAAAUGAUGAACACAAACUGACCCAAAGAGAGCAUGUGCUCUUGUUUUUUUCCCUCUGUACCACCCUCUCAUUUUCUCUCUCAGAAGGACAGAGUGCGGACACAGGGCCUGGGGUUUCGUCUUGUGUUUUUCUGUGAGUCACAGAGAGGAUGACGACUUCAGGGGGAACUUGUGUUUACCUUCAUUUAUUCCUCGGUGCAAAAGGACCCGACGUUAAGGGUUGUGAACAUACAAAGGUUCAACAGAAACCAAGAGGGGACAAAACCCACACGACCCUAUCUAUAUUCAACAGUAGGGGAAAACACUGAGGGAUAGAAAAGCCUUUUACUUGAGCCUGGGGCCUGUCUCAUUGUACAUCCCAUGGGCCUCCUACACACACACACACACACACACACACACACCGACUGAAGGCUGGAUGGUAUUAUGAUCCGGUAAUGGAAGUUGCAGCUGUGAAACAGGCACUUGUUCAGUUACCCUAGCGUUCAGGGGGUUUGAUGCGACACUAGGGUGAGAGAGAAUGCGCGAGAGAGAUGAGUGAUGUGUUUGCAUGCAUGUGUACCUGUGUGUGAGGUUGUAUGAGACAAACAUGACAGGAGGCCUGUGUAGUCUCCAUGGACCAGUAGACCAAUGUAACCUGACCUGUAUGGUAUUGUCUGUAUCUAAAUACAUUAUUGAGUCUCAACGUCAGUGGUCUUCAUGUAACUCUGUAGGAGGAACGACUCAGUUUCCCACUCCUGUCUUGUUUCUGCCUGAUCUCCCUGUCUCGCUUUCCCUCUCUCUGUAUGUGUUGUAAGUCUCUUGCUCUGUCUAUAUCAAAUGGAUGAUGUCUGAAGAAGCAAAGAGAGCUAUGAGUCUCUCACUCCUCUCUUUCUCUCUCCUUUUUCUCUCCUGUGGUCUGAGCCAAGACACUCCGUCACUACCUACUCUGCUAUGUUACUGUCAAAGUAAAUGUGUACGUCCCAACUGGCACCGUAUUCCCUAUUUAGUGCACUUCUUAUGACCAGAGCCCUAUGGGUCCUGGUCUAAAGUAGUGCACUAUAAAGGGAAUAGGGUGCCAUUUGGAACAUUGUCAAUCUAUUAGUUAAUGAGGCUGUAGGUUACAGUUAAAGAUGGCUGACUUAUUUUGUUUUUUUCUGGGGUGGAAUGGGAGCCCUGUAGACGACUUGAUGACAAACUGAUGAUUGAGUCAUUGACUGAUUUACUUACAGUACCUACAUUGUAAAGAGUUUUUUUUUAUAUCUUGUGCAACUCAUUUUUAAGAAAGAAAAAAAUUGAAGAGAAAGUUUCAAUUAACUAAGUCCCCAGGUUCCAGUGAAUAGAGCCCCAAGCCUGAAUUGCAUUGCAUCAACAUGAUGUGAAAGACCAAGUUUUAACACCCAGGAAAUUAAAGAUAAGUAAUGGAACAUACCAACUUGUAAUUUUCUGAACAGAAACCCUUUGAUCCGACUGACUGUAGCGAGAACAUUUUACUUUGAUUAGUUUUUGUUCGUUUUGCUUAUAUUACAUUUCACAUAUUUUGUGAUUUUUAUUUUGUUUUAGGGUGAGAAACCUCUUGCUAUUGACUUUGUAAAAGAAACAAAUAUCAGUUAGUAAUUAAUCCCUUGUCUAGUAGAUACUGUGCUGAUUGUAUGAUCCUUAGUUUCUUAAAAUCACACCUUUUCAAUUGAAGGCUUUCUUUUGUUUAAGAGGAGGUGGACCUGGCUUUUUGUCUCUUUUGUUUUGCAAUUUAAAUGAUGGAACGAAUAUAUCUGAGGUUGAUCUUAUUUUUUUUGCAUCAUUUGUAUUUCUAUGUAAAUUACUAGAUCAUAUUUAAAUGGUUGUAUUUUUGUUACUUCUCUGCAUGUUUGGGAAAAUAAAGAAUACCGA